GUAACUUAUUUCUAAUGAAGAAUGAGACAAAGGGAAAUCCAAUAGACGAAUCAGCAUGUUUAAAGCCAAAAAUGUAUUCAGUUCUUCCAGCAGGUCAUGAUCCUAAAACUCCCGAUGACCCAGAUUCUGAAGAUCCUAAAAAGAAGUAUGGCAUCCAAAAGGCAAAGGGUGUAAAGAAAUGUGUGGUCAAAAGGGAGCUUCGACAUGACAAAUUUCUAGAAUGUCUCAGGACUAGGAAGCUAACCCGACAUGAUAUGUAUGGUCUCCGCAGUUAUAAUCAUCAAAUAUAUCUGGAGAGGGUAAAUAAGAUAGGGUUAAAUCCAUAUGAUAACAAGCGCUGGAUCUUACUUGAUGGAAUUCGGACACUUCCAUAUGGAAAUUGGCGAAUUGGACUAUAUAAACACCUGAUAGCAUCUGAAAUAUCUCCUGAGGAAGCAGAAGAAAGGGCUAUGAAAGCUAAACUUCGUGUCAAGGCAUAG